GUAAAGAAAAAGAAGCUUUGACAGCACGUGGACUUAAAAUAAGAAAUCUGAAACGGGAUUACGGUGACUCCUACCGCACUGGAAUAUGCCCCGUGCUUUUUCCUGCUUUUCCCGAAAACUAUAAAUACCUUCUUCUCCGUCAAUCCCCUCAAUUUCGUGCCCUAGACUUCCAAUUUCAGCCGCAACAUGCCACCUCCGCGCCAAUUAUCCGUUCCCCCCUCUAAAUCCCUUCGCCGCUCUCUCAACGCUCGAUCUCCGCGGCCGUCCGUCUAUGCGCUGCCCUCAAUCAUGUAAGUUCAGCUUAAGCUAUACGGUUCAUCGGAGUAUUUGGUGAAGUGGUGUUUGAGAUGGAAAUAUUCGGGGUAUUGUUGGCGUGGUGCUUCUUGAGGUGAAUGGAAGCAGCAGUUGAGGUUGGCAGCACCGUCGGCGGUUGUUGUGGCGAGGAUCAUGGGCUCACAGGAGGUUUUCGGCAGCGGCAGUGGCGGCGUGGUGGUGGGGGAAGUUCGGUGGCGUAGUGAAGGUGGGUGCAGCUCAGUUGGUAGAAAAGAUGACAUAAUUGCUGCUAAUGUCUCAGUCCCGUCUUUUUGGCAUAAGGUUCCCAAUCCUGAAUGUGGUUUGGGGAUCUCUCAACCCUCCAGUUUGCACAGUGAUGAAAUGUAUAGUGGUCAUGAUUUGGGGAACUCGAGUUCUGAUCCUCCAACACUGGAGGUGGAUGUUAAAUGUUUAACACAGAAAUCUGGUAAAAUAGAAAGGAAGAAUGGUGGGUACACUAAGAGAUCAGGGAUGGCACAGAUGGAAAUCUCUAAAAGCAAACUUGGAUACGAUGCAAAUGGAGUAUCUCCUGAACUUGUUGCUUUAUCUUCUGCAAGUUGCAAUACUUCAGAGAAAAAUCAAAUAAUUAAGCAAAACAACAGUGUGAGUAGUAGACGUGGAGAUAAAAGAACUAGUAGAUUCAAACAAAAGAGUAGAUGCGAUCCUUUCUCUCUGAAGAAUAGCUUGGUUGGCUUUAAUUCAGCUGCUGGAGGAAACAGCUUUCUUGGAAUGUAUGGCUUAAAACCUGAUGUCUUUGAUAUCACAAAGCUUGUCAAUGAGCUGCCUCUACAUGACCUACUAUCUGGUAACUAUACCAGCCCGAGUAUCUCCAAAGACAAAGGAAAAAAAUCUGCAAGUUCAAACAAUGAUCUUAUGCAGUCAGUCAGAAAGGCAUGCUCUGUUCUUCAAGCUAAAAAGGGCUUACAGGGCCAAAACUGUGCCGAGAUUGAUAUUAGUUGCGUCCGUAGUGAUUCAACCAGCCUGAUUAUGGUUAAUUCUACAGUAGGCCAGACUGAUAUAGACAACGGAGAUAACUAUACUCCACUUCUGCUGGCUCCUGAUGAGGUUCAAGAAUCUGAUGAGAAAAUCAGAAAGUCUAGCAUUGCUGAGUCACUGCUAUAUACACCAAAAGAUAUCUUUGAGCGUCUUGCACUUCCUCCGGCAAAGGAUUUGGAUUUGUUACUUUCUGAUGCUAGCAAAGCUACCUCAUCAAAAAGUAAUGCUGACCCUCGUGUUGGCAGACCAGCUCCUCAGCGAACUGGUCUACCACCUUUCCCUUGGUCUCAAUCUUUCACUGGGCAUACUAAGUUAGGCUCUGAUGCUGUUAAACUUUCUGCUGGUCGGACAACAUGUCAGGGUAGAUGGGUCAAAGUUAAAAAUCCUAUAGCUCUUCAGAGAAGUUCUGCUGAUUUAUUAGUUGACUUUGAGUCACUAGCAUUUGACCAAAGUUUAGUUCCUUCAGAUAAUUUUCUGUCUGAGAAACAAGAAAAUAUAUUUGCUCCAACAGAACGUGCGUUGUCAGCCUCUGAAGCAUGCUCGACUUCAAACGUCGCUGCAGAUGAGUGCUCUUCCAUUCAUGCUGCAGCUCAGACGCUCGUAGACAUGGGUGCUUACUCCAAGGAAAAUCCAUGCGCGGUAGUUAAGUUGCUUAAAAAACCAUCACAAGUUACUAUGAAAGCUAGCAAGUCAACAGCAAUCAAGAGAUGUGAUUUCAUUGAUGUGCCCAACUCAAAAGUUAGGCCGGCAAAUUCUGUCAAGGCCAGCGAUGGGUUUCCUUCGAAGAAGCUCAGGCUCUCCAAAGAUGUGACUAAUGCCAGCAUCAGUCAUACCGAACUUGCGAGGCAAGGGAAACUGCACCAGUCUGCAGCAGUCCUGCCGGUCAGAUCACCUCCCAGGAAGCUAUUUAGGGAUUCAAACACGAGUACAGACAGUUACGAUAUCAACCUUGUAAAGAAGUCUAGUGUACUGAAAACACCAAGGGGUGUAGAUAGACCGAGCAGUACAAAACCCAAGUUCUGGAAACCUCCUCAGUGAAAUCGGCCCGACUGGAAGGCUUAACUGGUACCAGCUUCAUCUGCUGCAGACAUAAUAGAGGCACGUUUCUUUCCUUGUUUCUUAUCAUUUUUUUUUAGUUCCAUAUGAUGUAUAAUUGUUAGAUCUGUAUAUAGUUUCACUUGUAAAGAGGUGUGCUGUUUCAUUUUAUGCUGCUGGCUCUUAAGAGCCGAGAUUCAAUGUUGUACCAUUUCUAACACUACGAGACUGCGCCGUUGUAGGGCAUUAACGGAAUAUUUCCUGUAACUGUUCCUCUCCCUAUGCUAGGAGCCCCUGCUUAUGAAAAUGCAUGAUAUUUAAGGUUAGGACAAAUACUCUCCCAUACGAGAUUGUAGGAUGGUGAAGUUUUGGGUUUUGCAAUGAAUAGUGCAUGAUUGUAUA